CUCGCGGGUAAGGUGGCGGUCGUCUCCGGCGCGUCGCGCGGGAUCGGCCGCGCGUGCGCGCUCGCGCUCGCGCGGCGCGGCGUCAACGUCGUCGUCGCGGCGAAGAGCGCGACCGAGUCGGCGACGCUUCCCGGGACGGUGCACGGCGUCGCGCGCGAGUGCGACGCGGUGGCGACGCACGGCGCGCGCGCGAUGGGAUGCGUCGUGAAUCUGCUGGACGAGGCGUCGAUUCUGGCGUGCGUGGCGCGAGCGAAGGCGAGGUACGGCCGCAUCGACGUGCUGGUGAACAACGCGAGCGCGCUGUGGUGGCAAGACAUCGAGGACACGCCGACGAAGAAGUACGAUUUGAUACAGGGGGUGAACGCGCGAGGGGCGUUCGUGCUGACGCGGGCGUGCCUGCGGGAGAUGCGAGCGGGCGGGCGAGGCGGACGGGUGAUCUCGAUGGGACCGCCGCUGCCGAAGAGCUAUAAGGAGUACGAGACGAAGACGGCGUAUUACAUGUCCAAGUGCGGGAUGAGCAUGGUGGCGCUCGGCGCGGCGGCGGAGGGAGAGAAAUACGGCGUCACCGGGAACGCGCUGUGGCCGGCGACGAUCGUGGAGAGCCUGGCGAGCGAGAAUUUUGAGCUCGGGUCGCGGGAUAACUGGCGCAAGGCGGACAUCUUGGCGGAUUGCGUCGUGGAGCUGUGUUGCGACGCGCACACGACGGGGCAAACGUUGAUCGACGACGAGUACUUGCAAACGCGAGGGGCGAAGUUUCCAGAAGAUUUCGUCAAGUAUCGGUGCAAUCCG